AUGAGUGGCACGCGUGCUUCGGCCGAGCCCGAGCCCCCUUGUAUAGAGGGCUGGCUGAAGAGGAGAAGGGGGCUCGUUGCCGCCUGGCACAAGGUGUUUGUCAAAAUCGAUGUGCACCAACACAAGCUACGACUCUACAAGCGGCAGACCGACACCACACCCAAAACCAGCGUUCCUCUCAAGAAAAUCUUGAACGUGCUGGCGGUGGACGGGGAAGGGUCGGCUGCAGCCAUCCCCUCGGCAUCGCCUGCCGACAGCAAGAAGAAGGAGAAGAAGGCCAAGGCCGAUGCCGCGGGCAAAUACGAGUUCGAAGUGCACACGGCCGCGCGCCACUACCGCUUUCAAGCCAACUCUGACAGCGAGAUGCAUGCGUGGAUCAAGGGCAUCAGGGCCGCCGCCGACAAGGCUCUUUCACAAACGCUCAGCGAGUCUCAGACCGGGGGCAGUGACAGCGACGGAGAAGCGGAGGGCGACCACAAAGGUCUGCUCGAAUUCGAUGCGCGCGCAAUGGAGAGCAAGCUCAAGAACAUGGGCGUCGAUCUCCACGAGCUGGGCGCGAGAAUGGCGGACCCGAGCACGGGCAUUCCGCUCAGCGAGUUUGACAAGGGUCUGUGCCUCGAUGUCGGGCGAUGCCUGAUGCACUCGCGGUUCAUCUACUGCCUCACGGGCCAGGCCAACUUCUCCGGCGAGAGCUCCCUCUACGCCUUCUCCCGCCAGUCCGAGUCCUCGCUCGUCACCCUCUCCACCACCUCCUCGCUCUUCUCCACCUCGACGCUCGACAUCUUCAACUCGCACUCCUCGUUCGAGAUUGUGACCAUGCGCGGCGACGACUCGAGCAAGACCGUCAAGCGAUUCCUGCGCGACAGCCAAGGCAAGGCCGGCUCGGACAAGAAGUCGAAGGAGGAGAAAGACGAGAGCACGCCGGCGUUCACGAGCCGCUCCGGGUCGAAGCGGGACCGGCGGCCGGCGGCCGGCGUGCCGACCCACGUGCCGGGGCUCCUACCCGGCGAGGAGGCGCUGCUGGCCGAGGCCAACAUCCUCCUCUCCUACGAGGCCGACCUUACCUCGGCCGAGCGCGGCGUUCUCGCCGUCACCAACUUCCGCCUCAUCCUCGCCCCCGAGACGGCGUUGUCUAUAUCGAUAGCGCUGGGGCUAGUGUUCAAGGUGGGGAUGGGGCCCUCGCUCACCAUGCCGGACAACUCGGCCAAGGAGAGCGUAGUCCUCUCGUGCAAGGACCUCCGCGACGUCUACCUCGUGUUCCCCGACGGAGCCACCAUGAAGAAGGUGCUACGCGGGCUAAAGAGCGUCAUGUCGCCGGCGCACGUGCAGGACCUGUUCGCCUUCACCACCAAGGAGGACUACAAAUGCGAUGACGACGCCGACGAACGGUGGGAUUGGCUGCUUUAUUCGACGGAAAACGAAUUUGCCCGACUGCAGUUGGCCAAGGAGGAGUGGCGCAUCCCGCACUCUAACGAGGGGUACGCCGUGUGUCCCACGUACCCGCGCCGAUUCAUCGUUCCGGCAUCGGUUUCCGAUGCCGACCUCGUCCAGUCCGCGGAGAUGCGGCACCAGGGGCGAUUGGCGGCGCUUUGCUGGGUGGACGGCAAGGGCAAGGGCGGCAUACUCUUGCGCGCGGCCGACGUGGUUGUCAAGAAGUCAUUCAUCACCGGCAGCGGAAACGUGCGAAUGGAGGCCGAGGGCGGUGAUCCGAUCGUGAACGCCGUUCUGCGCAAGUCCAAGUCGCACACGCUGCACAUCGUGUGCUGCCAUCAGCCCCGCAGCGACGAAGACGACGGCAGCGGAGAGCACACAUACCACGUGGGCAACCACCACCCCCACCAGCAGCAGCAAGGUCUGGACGCCCUGAGCGGCGACCGCCUGGCGCUGAGCUCCCUGUCGCUGCCCACGGCCCGCGCGCUCCAGGCCAGUCUGCUGACCAUAAUCGAAGGCAUGAGCGGCCUCUCGUUCGCCGCCGAGCGCCAGGCGAAGAUCAAGGCCGGCGAGGCCAACAGUAAGUCCACCAAUAGUAAGCGAAGCGGCUCGCGCCGGGCCUCCAAGCACGCGCUGGCCGACUCCCAGGCCGAGGCGGUGACAAGAACGAAAGCGAGGGCGACUGCGACGGAGAACGAAGGCGGCGACGAUGACGCAGCGCGGCACGAGGCUCUGGCGCAGACGAAGGAGCAGUGGGAGGCAGUGAUGCGGGACUCGCGCUGGCUGCGCGCCGUCAAGGACUACAUCGAGGGCGCUCUCAAGGUGACCCACCUCGUCGCCAUGGGCGAGUCGGUCAUGGUCCAGAACGACGAGGGCAAGGACGCCGUCACCGUGGUGGUCUCCCUAGCGCAGGUCAUGCUCGACCCCUUCUACCGCACCUUGCGCGGAUUCGCCGUGCUCGUCGAGAAAGAGUGGAACUCCUUCGGACACCAGUGGGGCCAGUCCAAUCCCAAGAAGUUCAAGAAGCGGAGCCUGUCGCCCGUCUUUCUGCUCUUCAUCGACUGCGUCCACCAGAUGUGGUCUCAGUACCCGCACCAGUUCGAGUUCAACGAGGCCUUCCUCAUCUUCGUCAUGGACUCGGUAUAUUCGCACCAGUUCGGCAACUUCCUAGCGGACAACGAGCGGGCGCGGGUGCAGCUCAAGAUCGAGAGGGAGACCAACUCCCUAUGGAGCUUCAUCGGCGGAUUCAAGAAGCCAACCACGGGCACCGAGAACGGCAGCGCCGCCAAGUCACCAUCGUCGUCGUCGAGCGGGAGCAGUAUGGCCGAGCUCUGCACCGCCAGCAACAAGGCCCUCUUUCUCAACCCGCUCCUCCUCCAUGCCGGCUCGACGACCACCACCACUACCGGGCGCCAGCCGCUGGUGCCCCACGUCAAGCGGGUUAAGUGGUGGGGCGCCUACUUCCUUCGGUGGAAGUGCAACGCCAACCUCAAGGGCGCCAUUCGGCGGAUCUACCGGGAGAAGACGCGCGAAGACGACCGGCAGGAGGAGGACGAGGACGAGCAGGUGCUGGACCUCCGCGGGCAGGGCCUCCACAUCAUCCCGCCCGAGAUGGGCGCCCUCCGGCGCGUCACGGACCUGGACCUGCGCGGCAACCUGAUCGCGUCGUUCAACCUGGCCGCCCUGCCGCCCUACACCCGCACCCUGCGCCUGGCCGACAACCCGCUGCGCUUCGUGCCCCGCCAGCUCCUGCUCGCCAUCGUCGGCCUCCGCGAGCUCGACACGCUCGACCUCAGCCGCUGCCGGCUCCGCGCCUUUCCCUCGCUCCUCCACGCCGCUGUCGACGACGAGCCCGCGACGGCGACGCAGGUGCUGCUGGGCCACGUGAAGGAGCUCAACCUGCGGGGCAACUGCCUCAGCUCGCUGCCCAACUCGUUCCGGCUGCUCACCAACCUGGAGAAGCUCGACCUGGCCUACAACCGCUUCGGCGUCGCUACUGCCGCGCCGGCGUCCCAGCUCCCGCCGGAGCCGUCCAAGUCAUCGUCGAGCCUCUCGCGGCGCAGCAGCAGCAGCGGCAGCGUGCGCACCGCCGCGGCCGUGAAGAAGGCCGCCGCGGCCGGGCUCGACGCCGGCAAGGAGGCCAAUAGCAGCAGCGCGCGGCCGGCCUCCCCCGGCGUCAACACGGCCGCGCUGGCCGCCAUGCACCUGUCCGGGUCGGCAGUGCCGCUGCGGUCGCGCACGCCCGUGUCGCCGCCGUCUUCGGUCAUCAUCGUCUCGUCGACGCCGGUCCACACGCAGCACCUGUUCCGCCUGCUGGGCGCCCUGCCCGCCCUCACCUCGCUCUCCCUCGCCGGCAACGGGCUCGUGCACCUCCCGCCCUCGCUCCUCCGCGCGCUCUCGCCGCGCCUGCGCGUGCUCGAGCUGCACGACAAUCCGGAGCUCGCGCUCCACCACUCGCUCGCGCGGCUGGAGCGGCUCGAGGUGCUCUCCCUGAGCAACUGCCCCAGCAUCAAGCUUCUGCCCGGCGAGCUGUUCCACACGCGGAUGGGCAACACCCUCACCCGCCUCCACGCACGCAACUGCGGGCUCGGCAACCAGCCCGCCGGCGAGGAGGCCGCGCUCCUCAAACGGAUCGAGCAGUGGAAGAAGGCCAACUACGGGGCCGAGGCCGACGAUACCGACGCCGCCACCGACGCCGCGGCCUCGCCGCCGCCGGUGGCCGCCGAGGGCGAGAAGCUGUUCCAGUACUGGCACACGGCGCGAUUGGCCGACAACCUGCGCCUGCUGGACCUGGCCGACAACGGCCUCUCCGUCGCGCCCUCCGCGAUCUUCGCCUGGCGUCGCAUCGAGGUCCUCCACCUGGAGGGCAAUGCGAUAGCGCACCUCUCGCCGGACAUCAAGAACCUGGAGGAUUCCCUGCGCGCGCUCCAUCUGCAGAACAACUGCCUGCAGCACCUGCCCGUGCAAAUCGGCUCCCUGCGCAAGCUCGAGCUCCUGGACCUCAGUGGGAACCAGCUGCAGUCGUUGCCGUUGCAGCUGAGCAUCCUGCCCGCACUCAAGAAGUUCACCCUCUUCACCAACGAGAAGGACAUUCCCAGUCGGCAGGCCAAGGGCGAGAACCCGCUGCCGGAGCUGCCGCGCGAUGUCGUGGCACUGGGGAGCAAGAACGUGCUCACAUUCCUCGGCCAGCUCAUGCGCGGCUCGAAGCCGUGCCACCGCAUCAAGACCAUGUUCCUCGGCCAGGAGAACGUCGGGAAAACGAGUCUGCUGCGCUGUCUGCAGAUGCCCCAGGGCAAGUCAUCCGGCGGCAGCGGCAAAGGCAACAAGAACGCGCGGAAGGACCAGCGCUUCGCCGUGGCGCCUCCUGCAGCAGCAGCAGCAGCAACGUUGCUUUCCACGGACGGCAUCCAGAUCACGGACUUUACGAUGAAGAUCCCCCUGGCCGAGGACAAGGUCGAGGACGUCACUCUGUCGGCGUGGGACUUUGCAGGGCAAAAGCUGUACUACACGUCCCACUCGUUCUUCCUGUCGGAGCGGUCGUUGUACUUUGUGGUGUUCAACCUCGCCUCCCCGCAGCAGUCCAACGUGGAAUUUUGGCUACAAUCCAUCCACUCCGCCGCGAAAGAUUCGCCCAUCAUCGUGGUCGGUACCCACGCCGACGACCCGCAGUGUACAGAGCCUUAUCUCAAGGCGAUCCUGAAGUGGUUCGACGACAAGUUCCGCCCGCGGUUCCCCAACAUCCAGGCCGUCCGGUUCGUGUCGUCGCUCGACGGACGGAACCUGGACGACCUGCGGAGCGACAUCUGCACCCUCAUCCGCCAGCAGAAGUUCAUGGGCGAGAACCUCCCCUCCAACUACCUCGAGUUCGAGAAGGCCCUCCUCGAACGAGGACGCCUCUAUGUCAACGACUCGCAGAGCCUGCCCACGGUGACGUGGGCCGAGUACCGGCAGAUGGCCAAGCUGUUCCUCAUCGAGAACAAGGAGGACCUCAAGAACGUGACCACGCUCCUCCACAACCUGGGCUCCAUCAUCCACUUCUCUCACAACCGCAAGUUGCGCGGGGUCGUGGUGUUGAACCCGUCGUGGCUGAUCGAUCUGCUGGCGACGAUCAUGACGACGCGCCACAACUACACCAAGGACGGCAUACUCAAGAAGUCGUCCCUGCCCCACAUCUGGAAGCCGCCCCGGUUCCCGGAGCAGAUGUACCCGUUCAUGAUCUCCCUCCUCGACUCGUUCGAGGUCUCCUUCGACAUCAGCGACAAGGUGAGCCACGACGCCGCCGAGUCUCCGGAAGAGCUCCGCGAGGCCGCUGACUCCCUCCGCCUCAUCCCGUCCCUCCUCCCCGAGGACCCGCCUCCCGAACUCAGCACCCUCUGGCCCGUCGAGCGCCACAGAGAAGGUGAUGGCCGGGCUGUGGAGUCGCAGUUCGGGCGCGUGUAUCGGUUCAAGUACCUGCCCAUGGGCUUCUUCGGGCGCCUCAUGAUGCGCCUGCUGAGCUUCCCGCUCAAGGCCAAGACCUACUGGCGGAACGGCAUGCUGGCGAGCAUGGGCAGGGAGAAGCUCCUCAUCCGGUUCGACCCCGACAAACAGAACCUCAACAUUCUUGUCCGAACCGAACUCGAGGGCGCCGAUCUUCGCACCCUCUCGUGGCUCGUGUUCACGGCGGUGGACAGCCUCGUCUACGACUGGUACGAACUCAACGCGGCCGUCUUCAUUCCCUGCACACACUGCCUCGACUCCGAACGCAGCCGGGACCUGCCAUAUCUGUUCUCGCUGGAGGAGUGCCAGGUGAUGGCCUCCACGGCGGGCCGUUCGUUCAUCAUGUGCUACUCGGGCGGGAUCAACCCCGUGCGGCUCGACACCAUCGUGCCGGACAUCGCCAUGGUGCACCUGGAGGACCACCGCGUGGAGCACUCCGAGCUCGUGCAGGAGGAGGAGAUCGGGCAGGGUGGCUAUGCCACCGUGUACAAGGGCCGGCUCAAGGACCAGACCGUGGCCAUCAAGGUCCUCAACUUCCAGCUGGCCUCCGACGACGAUUUCCUCUCGGAGCGCGAGAAGCAGGACACCUUCCGCAAGACCUUCGAGGAGUUCCGGCACGAGGUCUGGAUCAUGAGCGGCUUGCAACAUCCGAACAUCGUGCCGCUGAAGGGAUUCUGCACGGAGCCCUGCACGAUCAUCACCGAGUACAUCGAGAACGGGUCCCUCUACGACUUCCUGCUGCGCGAGGGCAAGCACAAGGGCUCCACCGUGCCCUACACGUGGCCCCUCCGGCUCAAGAUCGCCAAGGACAUCGCCAAGGGAUGCGCCUUCCUCCACAGCGCCUCGCCGCCCGUCAUCCACCGCGACUUGAAGUCGCCCAACAUUCUUCUGUGCGAUCUCAGCGAUGGCGCGGGCGUGCUGGCCAAGGUGUGCGACUUCGGCCUCGCGUCGUCGCUCAGCGAGAACGCCGGCCGCAAGGUGGCUUGCCCCUUCUGGCUGGCGCCGGAGGUGAUCAUGGGCAAGAAGUAUUCGGAAAAGGCCGACGUGUACUCGGCGGGGGUGAUCAUGUGGGAAAUAGCCUCCCGCAAGCGCUUCUUCAGCGAGAUCGCCUUCCUCAGCCAGGUCGAGGACCGGGUCAUCGCCGGCGAGCGGCCCGACAUCCCCCAGGAGUGCCUGGACGAGGUGCCCGAGUUUGCGGAUGUGAUCCGGGACUGUUGGCAGAACGAGCCGUCGGCGCGGCCGUCGUUCGAGCAGGUGGUGGAGCGGAUCAGCGGCAUCAUCGCCAAGUACUUCCCGCAGGUGGUCGACUACGACACGGCGGCGAUCCGGGCCUACAAGGAGGCCCAGAACGAGCGCAACGCCAUGGACCGCGCGCGGAUGGAGGAGCGCGAGGCCAAGGAGCGGCACCGCAAGGAGGAGGGCGACAAGCAGCUCAAGCAGUCCAUCCAGCAGUCGCUCGGCGACCAACCGCAGCCGCCACAACAACAACCGAAGAAGAAGACGAAAAAGACGAAGAAGAAGCGGAAUGCGAAGAACGCCUCUACCGACGACACGACGACGUGGACCGCGACCGAAGACGACGACGACGACGACGACGACGAAGAAGAAGACACGUCGGGCGAGGGGACCGAGGGCACGGACGGCACAGACGCCACGGACGCCACGCUCGCCGGCGACGACGACGAUGUGGAAGAGGAGGAAGAAGAGCGCAAGGGCUCGGGCAUCCUGGCCGAGUGGGAGAAGCGGGGCAAGGGCAAGCAGGAGAACCUCAGCAAGCUCAUGGAGGUCUUCGUCAGCCGACGCGCCAACAACGCCGGCGGCGCCGGCGGCGAUGGUGGGGGCAACGGGUCCGCGCGGCGCCCGUUCCCGCGGCCGCUGCACUCGUCCGUCUCGCUCUCCAUGCUGCCGGUCCCGGCCAAGCGCUCGGCCUUCACCAGCAGCGGCCCCGAGGCCGACGCCGCCGCACUCGCGUCGUCGCCGACCCUCCGGUCGUCCAAGCACUUGCACGCACCGGCAGCAGCGACCACCGCCGGCCUGGUCGCGGGCCUGAUCUCGCCGCGCGCCCCGCUGCUCGGUAAGUCGCACACGGUGCACAUGCUCGCCGUGGAGGAGCUCUGCAGCUCGUCGGACUCCUCCGACAGCGGCAGCGACGACGAUGGUGAUGAGGACGACGAUCCGCAGCUCCAGCACGAGGAGGAGCCCGACGAGGAGUGGGAGCGAAGCAGGAGCGCCAGCGAGACCUCACCCCGCGACUGGUAG